AUGGCAAGAAAGGCUGAUAUAGUGGUACCAGAGAUAGAAGUAGGUAGGAGGGCUUCCGUUAGCAAUCAACAUAACUCAUCAAGAUUAUCGUCACCAUCGUCAUCACCACAAAGAUACAAUCAAAAUGAUAAUGAAAAUUUACAAAAACUACUACAAUAUCAAGAACAAAAUAAAGUCUUGACUAAAAGAAAUCAUAUAUUUUCAUCCAGAAUUACGGAAUUAGAGAAUAAAAUUAAGCAAUUAAAUAAGGAGAUUGUCAAGUUAAAAGAAAAUGAAAAUUUGAAUCAAUCAUUGAUUGAAGUAGAAUCAUUCAGUCGAAAUCAGUUGGAUAGCCUUAACCAUCUUAUUCAAAGUAUCAGACAAAAAAAUGGACUUAAUUUACUACCUCACGUUCCAGGAAAUCUGGUAGAUAAUAAAAGAUUAGUGAAGGUUGAAACUAACUCCAAGACUAGAGAAACAAUUCCACAAUACUUCAAAAAAGAAAAAUUAGAAUCAUCAAAAUUAUCUAGUAGCCGAAAUGAUAAAUUUAUAAAUGUUGAUGAUGAAUCGGACUAUGAAGAUGAAGAUGCAGGAGUAAAAAUCGGUGUAUUCGCAAAACAAAGAUCGGCUGAACCUAGAAAUAGCUUCAAUCCUUCAAACUCAGUCUCAAUAAAUACAGUUAAUGAACUGAAAAAUGAUUCUACGAUUACAAAAGAAGACAAAAGAAACAUGGCUAUAGAUGAUAAAUUCUUCGACGAGCCACAAAAUUACGAAAUUAGUUUUGUAAAAGACAUUAAAAGUGAAAUUAUAGAAGACAAUUCGAAACCUGAGAUGGAUGAAGAUUUUAUGGUAAUCAAUCUUGAAAACGUGAAACAUUCAAAGAAAGAACUGGAAAAUGAUUUAAUGCCAAUUAAACCACUGGUUAAGGAAGGAAGGGUCAAACGUGUGAUUGACUCAAGUUCAGAUUCUGAUUUAUCGGAUUUGUUUCAAGUAAAGAAGGAAAAAAUGGAAGAAGAUGUAAGAUCUGAAAGAAGAAAAACUAGAUCACAACGGAAUAAAGGAUCGAAUUUCACAAAUACGGCGGAGAUUGAAAAAGAUGAGAAUAUUAGCAACAAAAGAAAGACACCGUCUGAUGACGAAGCGACUUCAAAUAAAAGAAAGCCACUUUCAAAUAAGACCAACAACUCUGAUACAAAUUCAUCAAAAAGAAAAACCAGGAAAAGAGAAAAUAGAUUCAAAAAUUGUGAUUUAUCUAUCUUUGAUUUUGAAUGA